UCGGGAAGUGGACGGCGGGGUGCCGCGCUUUCUGCGCUCUUUUUCUCUUCCGCGUCGGUGAGGGGCUGUCCCCGGCGUCCGCACCCAGGAUGAAGAACUAUAAAGCAAUUGGCAAAAUAGGAGAGGGAACAUUUUCUGAAGUUAUGAAGAUGCAGAGCCUAAAAGACGGAAAUUACUACGCAUGCAAGCAAAUGAAGCAGCACUUUGACAGCAUUGAUCAGGUGAACAGUCUGCGGGAGAUUCAAGCCCUGAGGCGCCUGAACCCGCACCCCAACAUCCUCACACUAUACGAAGUAGUUUUGAGGAGAUGGGACAGGAGGGCCCAGAAGUUAUGGUCAGUGCACUGCAUUUUGGAGCACCAGCUGCUCUUCCUUGCUGGCGCAGCCACCGAGAGCAGACCUGGAGAGCCUGUGCUGCGUGUGCGGCUGUGCUGCGUGUGCGGCUGUGCUGCGUGUGCCGCCGAGCUGCGUGUGCGGCUAUGCUGCGUGUGCCGCCGAGCUGCGUGUGCCACCGGGCUAUGUGGCCCCGGCUCUGUCCAGUCUCGCUCCCCACCUGUGGCCCUGUGCUCAGCUCUGGCUUCUCUUAGCAGUGUUCGGCGGGUCCUGCAGGGCAGGCAUGUGGGUGCAGGGCGAAGACACCCGUUAUCGGAACGGAGAAUCAUGCACUACAUGUACCAGCUGUGCAAAUCCCUUGACCACAUGCACAGAAAUGGAAUAUUUCACAGGGAUGUGAAACCAGAAAAUAUACUAAUAAAGCAGGACGUCCUGAAGCUCGGGGACUUUGGAUCCUGCCGGAGCGUCUACUCCAAGCAGCCGUACACAGAGUACAUCUCCACGCGCUGGUACCGGGCCCCCGAGUGCCUCCUCACGGACGGCUUCUACACCUACAAGAUGGACCUGUGGAGCGCAGGCUGUGUGUUCUACGAGAUCGCCAGCCUGCAGCCCCUCUUCCCCGGAGACAAUGAACUCGACCAGAUCUCAAAGAUCCACGACGUGAUUGGCACACCUGCUCAGAGGACCCUGACCAAAUUCAAGCAGUCGAGAGCUAUGAGUUUUGAUUUUCCUUUUAAAAAGGGAUCGGGAAUACCUCCACCGCCCACCAACCUGUCCCCGCACUGCCUCUCCCUCCUGCACGCCAUGGUGGUCUACGACCCCGACGACAGGAUUGCUGCCCACCAGGCCCUGCAGCACCCCUACUUCCAGGAACAGAGGGGAGCCGAAGCCCGGGCUCUGGUCAGCCAUCGGAGAGCCUUCUUCCCGACUUGA